CGGUGGUGGCUGCCGGCAGGCAAGCAAGCAGGCAGGCAGGCAGCAGAAGCGAAGAGCCAACGGCAGUAGCCGAAGAAGCAAUCGCGUGUGAGGACGUACACGCUCCGCGUCCGCUCUUAUGACGAGAGGUGAUGAAUAGACGUCGCCGUACUUCUUCCUCCGCUUCUUGUGUCGUCGUUGUUUUACUCGAUCAGCGGAAUAUUAGGAAGAACGACAAUAAUACCAACGUUAUUACGGAAAUAGUACAAAGUGGUGAUAACCGUCGCGCGCGUCGUCGUCGGCGUCGUCAUCGUAUUCUUCUUCGUUGUCGUCAUCAUCAUCAUCAUCAUUAUCAUCAUCAUCACCAUCGUCAUCAUCAUCAACAGUGUAGUCAACGAUGACGACCAUCCUACUCGCGGACAGAUUGUCGUGUUUUCUUCGUAAACGAGGAAAUGCUUGUUUUUGUGCUCGAUGGUGUGUCUAGUGUUCUCUCUACCUAAGAAAAUAAAGAAAAGAGAAGAGAAAAAUCUUUUCUCUAUAUCGUUAUUACUAUUACUGAUACUACGACUAUCACUGUUUCUGCUGCUACUAUACCAUUGGAUUAUAAUUAUAACGAAUCUACACCUGGGGAGUAGUUAUUAUCUUCGUGCAUCGUCCCAAUCUGACAAGGAUAAUGCGAUCUCCUCGUCUUCACGUUCUCAGGCGCGACGUUUAAUCGAAUUUCUGGAAGGCAUUUGAACGUUCCUACUCCUCAACGCGGAAGCUCGAUAUUUUUUCAAGGGUUGGUAACUAUAUAAUUAUCAAAAACGGCGGCGAUCGGCGUUGGGGUACAACCCGUGCUAUCAUCCGGCUAUCAUAACACAGUGCCACCUCAGAGCGGGGGUGGUGGUUCGACAUUUAGUGCCGCGGCGAUGGUGGCAGCUGCCACCGCUACGGCCACCGCCACUGCCAGCGUGGUGGCCAUGCAGGACCGCCAAGAUAUCCCCGCACAAUUCAAUCAGAUGCAAAGCCAACAUGGGAUACCCCAUCAAACUUACAACACAGGGUACGCCCAAAGAGGACCAAUGGCAGGAAUGGGGCCAGUUGGGAUGAGCAACUUUAAUGGCAUGGGCACUAUGAGCCCAAUGCAUUCUAUGAAUUCCAUGAAUUCGAUGAACAGUAUGAAUGGGAUGAACACGAUGAAUCCUAUGACAAUGGGAGGCAUGAACGGCAUGAACGGCAUGAACGGUAUUAACGGUAUGAGCGGUAUGAACGGUAUGAACGGUAUGAAUCCUAUGAGCUCCAUGAGUAACAUGGGUAACAUGGGAAUGAACAACAUGAUGGGACCUAACAACAUGCAGAUGAAUAAGAUGAACAUGCAGGCGCAGCCUCAUCAAGGAUAUCCGAGAAGAUUAGCACCAUAUCCUAAUCCGGCCAUACAUAUGGCGCAAAAGAGACAGCAAGGUCCUUACGCUAAUCCUAAUCCUGCGGCGAUGCAGCCAGGUUUUAACAACAUGUCAACGACACAGUAUCCAAAUAAUUAUCCAGCUACGGCAAGACCAAACUUCCAACCUCAGUAUCAACCGAUGCAAGGCAUGAAUCCCGCCGCGGCUGGUUUUGGACCGAAUUCAAUGAUACGUGGGACAAACAUGAGGCAAACAACGCCAUCGUAUAAUACGGCGUCUCAAGCAGCAGCAGGCCAAUAUUACAAUGGCAAUGGUGUACCAGUUAGUAUGGGACCCACCACAGUAGGGAACCAAUUCGUCGGUCAUCAACAAAACGCAGCUUACGGUGGUGGACAAUCUUCGUAUGGAGCUGCUGCUGCUGCUGCUGCUGCGGCCACAAGUCAAUACCAACAGGAUGUGGCGUCGAUGAGAACGACGGGGGCAGCGAACCUGAAUUAUCAGCAUAGUCCUAUACCUGGGAAUCCAACUCCUCCGUUAACGCCAGCGACCAGUAUGCCACCUUACAUCAGUCCAAAUCCGGACAUUAAACCAAAUUUCAAUGAAAUCAAAUCGCCUGUCAAUAUACAAAAAGACGACGAGUUAAGAUUAACAUUCCCCGUGAGAGACGGUAUUAUUCUUCCACCCUUCCGCUUAGAACAUAAUUUGGCUGUAAGCAACCACGUAUUUCAACUGAAAUCUACGGUUCAUCAAACGUUAAUGUGGCGAUCCGAUUUGGAGCUACAGCUUAAAUGUUUCCACCACGAAGAUAGACAAAUGAAUACAAAUUGGCCCGCAAGCGUUCAGGUUUCUGUCAAUGCAACGCCUCUCGUUAUUGAUCGUGGGGAAAACAAGACAUCCCACAAGCCUCUUUAUCUGAAAGACGUGUGCCAACCAGGAAGAAAUACUAUACAGAUUACAGUAUCCGCAUGCUGUUGUUCACAUCUAUUCGUUCUCCAAUUAGUUCAUCGACCAAGUGUACGUAGCGUUCUACAAGGUUUAUUACGCAAGAGAUUACUUACCGCAGAACACUGCAUAACGAAAAUCAAAAGAAAUUUUAACAAUACAAUUUCGAGUAACGGCAUUCAAUCAGAGAAAGAUGUCGUGGAACAAACAGCACUUAAGGUAUCUUUAAAAUGUCCUAUAACUUUCAAACGUAUUACACUGCCAGCGAGGGGACACGAUUGCAAACAUAUACAAUGUUUCGAUUUGGAGUCUUACUUGCAAUUAAAUUGCGAACGGGGUUCAUGGAGGUGUCCUGUGUGCACAAAACCAGCUCAAUUAGAAGGUUUGGAAGUCGAUCAAUAUAUGUGGGGAAUUCUGAAUACUCUGAAUACUGCAGAGGUAGAAGAAGUAACGAUAGACUCCGCGGCAAAUUGGAAGCCUGCUAAAAAUUUAGCCAAUAUUAAGUCGGAAGAGGAAAAUGAUUGUAAAAGAAUGACGAAAGCGAUGUCACCUGGAAGUAUGAAUAUGCCCACUAUGAAUAAUUGGGACAUGAAUCAAGCUAUGAGUCCCUACAUACCACCGGACAUGAGCAGCAUAGUAAGCGGCUCGAUGAUGAACAACACGUCGUCCACUUACGGGAACAAUAAUAUCAAUCACCGAAAUUCAUCUGGUGGAUCGUUCGAUAUUAAUCCUGGAACGAAUAACUCAACCAAUAACGAUUAUAGUAGCGGAACGGGACCUCUUACUCAUUUGAAUGAAUCAGUGAAUUCAUUGGAUCCCCUUAAUGCUAUGGAAAAAUCGUUAAAUGAUCAGAUGCCGCAUACUCCACACACACCUCAUACCCCUCACACGCCGCACACACCGGGUGGUGGUAACAGUGGUCCACCAAGUGUUCCUCCUGCAUCUCAGGAAUCUACAGGAAACCAUAAUACGUCUGGUAAUACGAGUACAAAUAUAAAUACCGAUACCGCGGAUAUACCGUCAGACUUAAAUUUCGAUCCAGCUGCGGUUAUAGAUGGCGAGGGUACUGGUCAAGAAGCAUUGAAUCUCUUGCCGGACAAUGUCGUAGAUCCAAUGGAACUGCUUUCAUAUUUGGAUCCACCUGAUCUAAAUACUCCACCUAGUAGUGGAGCAAGCAGUGGAAAUCCCUCAUCGAGCGACGACAUAUUGGCACUUUUUGAAUAAGAUCUCAAGAAACUAUUCUUCUUCGUAAUGAAAUAAUCAAAUUAUGAUCCCAAAAGCAGGGGUAUGCGAUCACCAAGUUAGCAUCUUACUGAAAGAUAAAUAACAAUUCCGAUUUAUACGACGAAAUUCGUGUAUGAGGGAUAUAAGAAAUGUGUUGGGUUCACAGUGGGUGCUCUCACCUAAUCAAUGGUACAAACAAUCUUAGCUCUAAUUGUAAUAAUUCCUAUUGAAAAGAGUUAGGGCAUAUGACUAGGGUAAUGACGACUUUUAACAUUAGUACAGCAAACACGAUAAUUAGUGCUUGUCUGUAAAGAUUUUAUUGCAUGGAUGGUACAGCAUACUUGAACUAACAUGCUAGUUCUGCUGAGCAAAUGUUCCAUUCUAUUUAUCGAUGAAAUUAUACGAAUCGAUUAAAAUUAAAUGGUACAGUAUGAUAAUUCCAGGAAUGCAAUAAGGACUUUAUAGACAGAUAAUAGAACGAGAUUUUAUUACAAGAUGUAAAUGUUUAUCAAUAAUUAAUUAUUGAUAAUUUUGUGAAAUAUUCGAGUUUAUUUGGUUUUUUUUAUGUUCAUUUUGGAUUUUUUUUUUUUUUUUUUUUUUUUUUUACUAUUGAUCUUGCUUCGAUGUAAAUUUAAAUGUUUGCUCAUUGGAACACAUUGUGCCACUUCAAAUGUUUUUUAACAUUUCGAAGUUUCCCUGCAUUAUCGUCUUUACAUAAAAGAUCGGUCUACUCGCGUUCAAGGCUAUGAUGGACCUACAUCACAACAGAACUAUAAUGUAAAUGUACAGUACCUCUUGUAAAUAAGUUUUAAUCCAAUUAGGUAAUACGUUCAUCUGUUGUGAACUACCCUGCUUAUUAAUGGAUAUAGCGCAUAUAGUGUUCCUCUCCAUUAGAUAAAUAGUAGCAACAGAUGGGAAUGAAUAAUUGAGGGGAUAUUGGGCUUCACACUGGAGACAUAGACAAUUGUUCUUCACGAUGUAUCUCCUGAGAAAAAUAUUUAGAUCACAUUAAUGAUUAUGUGAGUCAAGGUGUAUUAUAAAAAUGAUUUGUUUUUUGUUUACUCUAAAGGAUAUUAUUACUUAUCGAUUAAAAUUUUUUGUUCAAUAUCUAAAAAGCAACAAUUAAAAAGAUAAAAAGACUAUGUACGAAUACAAGAGAGAACUAGAUUCUAACAUAAAUUUUAAUAAUUUCGUCGUUAUUAUUCUUUAUUAUUAUUUUUUAUUAUUAGCCUAUUAGUAUGUAUUUUGUUAUAAAAUAUUUUUUAUUUGAUUUGAUAAACAUGAAUCAGAUAAUCAUUAAAGAAAUUAGUAUGAGUCAUAAAAGUUAAUAAGUCUAUUAUAAACUUGUACGUAUAAAACUUGACUCAAUAUUAGGACCUUAAAUUUCAUUGAAAAAAAAAAAAAAAUUAAUAACUAAAUGACAAAUGACAAAAAAAUGACAAAAAUGUGAAAAGAGUGAUACACUUAAAAUAAAAUAUCUUUGAAUCCUAGUAUUAAUCUAAGCAUAUUGCAAGUAUUAAUAAGAUAUAUCUCUGAAGAUACAUCAAAAUUUAGAAACAAUUUGCAUAUAUAGAGUUUAUUUUCACAUUUCUAUAAUGAAUGUCUGCAUUCAAGAGAGUUUGAAUUUAUUUUGAAGUUUUCUUGAUAUUGUGAUAAUACAUAUUGCAUACUGACUAAUUAAUUAUUAAUACAUAAUAAAUAAUACAAAAUGUCAAAUAUGUAAAAAAGUCAAUUAGGAAAAUAAUGUAAAUUACUAGAAAAAUACAUCUUGAAACAAUGAUGUGUAAUCAAAUUUUUUUUAAGCGGUACUGAAUCAAAUUACAAUGAUGAAAUAAAUAUAUAUCAUAUAUAACACACCUAUGUAAAAAAAAAGGGCUGACAUAUUAUUAUUGAUAUACAAAAAGCAAUGAUUAAUAUGCGAAAAUAAGCUCUAUAUAAUCGUUCGCACAAAUAUUGAGCUAAUUAAUUUGUUUUGUUUUCCUUCAAAGUGACAUCAGUUGUAUCUGCCUGAAUAAGAUACUGCCAGAGUGAUACCGCCCACAAUUUCCCCGCUUAUGUAGUGGUUAUUACAUUUGUAUCUUUUGUGAUUGAAAAAAGAGAAAAUAUACUUAAAGUGAUUCAUGUAGAUUAUACAAAUUUUAUAUAAAAGUGUAUUUAUGAUAUAUAUUAUCACACAAGGAAGAAUUAGAUGCGGUAAAGUUUCUAUUCGUAUAACUACUACAACAUUAUUGAAAUUAGAUUUUAAUAUUACUUAAUUAAGUGCGACUAUUGUAUAAUAUUUGUAUAUAUGAUAAAUAGAAUAAUAAUAUAAGUAAAAUGGCAGAUACUUACUGGCCAAUUAUAAUAGUAAAAGAAUGAUUAUCUUAAUUAUUUCUCAGAACCAAAACAAGGAAAAAUCGUAUGAGAAUACCCUAUAUUAGAGAAUAUAACAUGUACAUGACUGCAGAAUAAUUAUUCACACAGUCAGUUAUCGUACUGUUAUUUCUAAUAGGAUUAUUACCUACUUAUUAAAGACCUAAUUACCUAAAGAAGUUUAUUCAAACUGUAAGCUUUACUUAGGAUUGCCAAGAAGUAGCAUAUGCAACGUCAAUGCGAUUGUACAUAGGCAACAUCUACCUAUACCUACCUAGAGUAAUAUCCUAAAAUACACACUACAUGGUCUUGUUUCUUAAGAGACGCAGAGAUUUAUAUACACUGCUCUAUAUGCAGAAAUUUAUAUAUAUAUACAUAGAAAAGAAAAAAAAAACGAUUAUUGUUUUGAAUUCAUUAUUAAUUUUAAUACAAUUUUUAAAAAUCAAAUAAAUUGGCUUUCAUGCAAUCUGUUUUAUAAUUACAAACAAAGGACACUAAUUUAUGAGCUUGUUCAUACAAGUUUCGUUUGUUUGUAAUUUCUAUUGUGGUGAUAAUUGGUAAUAUGCUUUGUUAUAUAUAUUUAAAAGAAAUGAAAUUCUCUACGAAGAAAAAAUUUAUUUUAUAGAAGAAAAAAGAAAAUACCUUAUUGAAAAUAAAAUGGUUGCAUUUAUGCUAUGAACCUAGUUUACGUCACGUUACAUACAUAUAUAAUAUAUAGUUUCUUCGGUUCACGUAUAUACAGAAAUAUUUUUGAAAACUUAAAAUUUAGGUUAUUACAAAUACGAAGAAACUUUUUAUACGAAAUCUAUAUAUUUUCUUUAUACGAUUAAAAUAUAAAAUAAUGAACCUUAAAUCCUUUCCGCAUUUCCUAUUCUCAAUAACAUAGCCACGACUAAAGUCAAACGAUCUCUAUUUUAUAUUUAUUAAAAACAAAUUAGAUAACAAACCAAAUUAUACGACUUUAUUAAAAGAAGAGACAGAAUGGAGGUUAGGAUCUGCGCAAUUAAUUUUACAAUUCCUCGAUCAUAUAUUUUCUAUUUUAAAUUAUAUAUAAAAAGUUUCUUCAUAUUUUUAAUAGCACAAAUUUUACGUUUAACCUAAUAAUUACGUGUAUACGUUUGAAUUGAAUAUACUAUAUACAUGUGUAUGUGUGUGUGUAUCCACAUAUAUAUAUAUAUAUAUAUAUAUAUAUAUAUAUAUAAAUUCGCGAGUAUUUAUUACUUCAGGUCACGAUAAAUCUCUACGACUCUAAUAUUAUAUACUCUUUAUAAAAUGUUAGAGGGCCUAUAUAAUUUGAUCUUAUUGUGCAUCACAUGAAAUUGUUCGAUUAAAAAAAAGAGACAUCAAAUAAUCGUCGCCUUCUCGGAGGCGUGAAAUACUUAAACCAAUUCGACAUUGUAUUUUCAUGCGCUGUAACACAGUGGUACCGAUGUAUAGAAGAAAAAAAAAAGAAUUAGACAUUAAAUACAUACAGAAUAUUCCUUAGCACCAAAUAGAAUGUUUGGAAAGGCCAAACGCAUAGGAAACGAUCAAUUAAUAGGAAUAAUAGAUAUCUCUACAUUUCUUAAGCCAUCUCCAAACAGAAUCAUAUCAAUAUUAUUUAGAUCACGAUAAAACCAUUAAUAAAUACACACAAAUUACGUGCAUUUAUUGAAAAAUUUACCAAAUAAAUAAGAAGAAUGCCUUGAGCAAUCGGUACGAAAUACUGUGGAAUAAUCAGUCUUACUCCCAAAUAUACAUACAUCAUAUAUACAUACAUACAUACAUACAUACAUACAUACAUGCACAUUAAGGAAAUACUGUAAUAUCAUUGGUUACAUCGCCGUAAAAAAAAAAAUUUUAAUAUGUACACGAAGACCAGUUUAUAACAUGUAUGAGAGAUACACAUUGUUUCUUAAUAACAGUUAGGAACAUUCAAUAAAAAAGCCAUAAAAUAUCGAA